UGCAUCUUUCUAUUCCGUUCAGUGAUUUCACUUGAAGGUGUAAAAGCCGUCAUGUUAGAUUAGGCAUUUCUACUUUUGCACGGAAGUUUGCAUCUAAAUUAUUCCAACAUCUGCUCAUAUCUUGCGACUUACUAGAAGCCUGACUCCUGAAGUUUCUUUGUUCCUUCUAUACUCUAUUAUUCUAGGUUCACUGUCCGGUAGUAUCUGAAGCCCUGCUCAUUUCUUGGGAAGAUUGCUUCUAAUCUGUUGCUCCGCGAGUUUCUUGUAAAAUUGCCUUCACCAGCAUACAUGCGAGCUGAGCCCGUACAGGUUGAAUCAAUGUCUUGCAACCUCUCUUAUUAUAUGCAGGUUACAUCCACAAAAACAAGAUUUUUUUACAUGAUAUUAGUACUGAUGUGAAAGCAUUUUGUAUAUUAAUAUUAAGCACAAGCAUGUAGCAUCGCAGAGAGGCAACUUUCACAGUGCUGGCAUGAAGGCUAGGCUAGUGCCUAUCACUGUACCUGGAAACAUUUACUAUUUUAAAUAUUUUUUACAAGAUCUGUGUUGACAUUGACUAAAUGGUAAAUAACUCAACAGUUAAUUCUUCAUAGUUUUAUGCAACAUUAUUGUAUUGGGGUAAGAGUUUGCAUACAUUGUUGUAUCUGACGAGAUUUCUUACAAUUCCUUUCAGCCCUGUGGGGACUAAAUUCUGUUCUCAGAAGUAUCCAUCACAUGGGAACUCACUAACUAAUUCUGAUGCGUGUACAUAUAAAUAACUUCAUGAUAUCGUUGUGGGUUUUGUGUGUUGACAUCAGGCUUGGUUGACAUUCGCUAAAUGGUAAAUAGGUCACCAUGGCUAUAUGUGUGUUACAUGGUAAAUAUGAGUAUAUGACAUGUCCAACUUGAUCAAUGACUAGAUAUUUUACCACUUGACCAACUUUAUUAUUAACUUAACUGAUAUUUUUUUGAUUUCGACAACCACCGUCCAUUUGUAGAACCAAAAGCAUACCUCUAGUACUGCCUAUGAAACCUACAUAUGUAAAUGCUAACUCAAGUGUGAAGAAAAGUUCACCAGGUAACAGUGCUUGAAAAGGUACCUUUUAGUAUUUAGUAAUCCUUACAAAUCAAGUAGAGAUCUUUUGCCAAAUUUGGUUUAUCAGUUUGCCUUAACUGAGGAAAACUACAACUGCAAUACAGACAUGGCCCAACAAAUUCUAUAUUCAUUGCAGGGUCAAAAUCAUUAUGUCUGCAACUGCAGAGAAGGUGUCUGGUGGUUUCUCAUCAGCAAUUAUCUAGCGUGCUGUUAACAGGACAAUGGAAUUUCUCGAGAGCAACCAUGGUGAAGGCCAUUACUGAGGUGUCUGACAACCAGGAACCAGCUUGUCAUCAACACUAGUGUUACCAAGUGCCAAUGGAACCUCCAUUUUUCUAUCUAUGAAGCUGAGGAUGUGCUUGACAGAACUGAUCGUUAUUAGAUAGUCACUCUGAAAGCGCAAGGGGUCCAAAUCAUGAUGUCUGCAGGUGCAGAGCAGUUGGCUGGUGGUUUCUCAUCAGCAGUUAUCCAACGUGUUGUUGACAAGACGAUGGAAUUCCUUGGGAGCAACUACAAUCUGAGCCAUGCUACUGAAGAGCUUCUGACUAAACUGCGCACGAGCCUCACCAUGGUUAAGGCCAUUACGGAGGUGGCUGAUAGCCAGCUUAUCAUAAGAACUAGUCUGACCAAGUGGCUGAGGAACCUCCAUGAUGCUGCCUAUGAAGCUGAGGAUGCGCUUGACAGAUUCGAUUGUCAUGAGGUAGUUUCUGGGAAGCGCAAGGUGAGCGAGCUCAUUUCAUCAUCAGUUAGGGCCUUGAAAAAUUUGAUUGUGCCUGAUGAGGGGAUGAAAAUGCUUGAAUGUGUUGCACAAAAGCUAGACCACCUUUGUGCAACAUCAAACAUAUUUGUUGAGCUCAUGAACCAAAGCAAUUUAACAGCCAUGAAGAAGGAGGAAAUUGUUGGAGAGACUACUUCUCGUGUUCCAGUUGAUGUCAAGGUUUUUGGACGGGAUGAAAUUCUAGAGUUGGCACUGAAAAUUAUUUUGGGUUCAUCUGGAUCUGAACCAGAACCCAACAGCAUAAGAGCAAAACUUGGGGCAAGGUACCGCAUUUGUGGUGUUGAUGUUAUCCCAAUUGUUGGUAUGAGUGGGGUUGGGAAGACAACCCUUGCUCAAGUAAUUUACAAUCAUCUAAAUGUGAAGGGUCACUUUAGACAGAGAGCAUGGGUGUAUGUUUCAAAACACUUCAGUGUCAAAAGAACAUUGCAAGAGGCGUUGCGCUCUUUUAGUGGAAAUGAUUCGUCUGAACAACAGUCAAUAAUAUUCAAAGUGUCAUCCAGCAGGAUGGAAGAUUUCUUCUUGUGUUAG